CCCUCGGGGAUGCGAACCCACACGGAGUCGCGCCCUGCCAACCAGACCUUGGACACCCCCUUAAGCAUAUUGCGCUGUUUGCCGAGAAAGGAAAACACCGCUCAGGCCCUCGGGCAGGGUGAGGCGGGUACCGGCAGGCACUCUCUAAGCCCGACGUCACUUCCGACGGGCGAGUCCGCCUUCUCUAAAUACGUACUUCCGCCCGCCCAACAGUUAGGUCUCUGAUAGGCGUGAAGGCACUUCCGGCCUCAGGUGACGCCUUACGAUGUCCUCUUCCGGGUGGUGGAGGCGAGUGCCCCGGAUGUAACCGUGGUGAAAGCUGCGUUCCUUUUCUUCCGCCGGAUCCUGGGCUGUUAGCUGGAGGAAGGCUCCUCAGCCAGUCAUGCCAAAGAGGAAAGUGACCUUCCAAGGCGUGGGAGACGAAAAUGAAGAGGAUGAAAUCAGUGUCCCUCAGAAGAAGCUGGUGGACCCUGUCCCUGGGGCAGGGGGGCCUGGGAGCCGCUUCAAAGGCAAACACUCUUUAGACAGUGAUGAGGAGGAUGAGGAGGAGGGAUCCAGCAAAUAUGACAUCCUGGCUUCAGAGGAUGUAGAAGGUCAGGAAGCAGCAACUCUCCCUAGUGAGGGGGGUGUACGGAUCACACCCUUCAACCUGCAGGAAGAGAUGGAGGAAGGCCACUUUGAUGCUGAUGGCAACUACUUCCUGAACCAAGAUGCACAAAUCCGAGACAGUUGGCUGGACAACAUUGACUGGGUGAAGAUCAAGGAGCGGCCACUUGAUAAGCACCAGGCUUCAGACUCAGAAGAGGAAAAUGGUCUGGGUCAGACACCCAUGAGUGCCCAAGCCCUCUUGGAGGGACUUUUGGAGCUGCUGUUGCCAAGAGAGACCGUGGCUGGGGCACUGAGGCGUCUGGGGGCCCGAGGAGGAGGCAAAGGGGGCAGCAAGGGGACUGGGCGACCUAGUUCCCCCCAGCGCCUAGAUCGGCUCUCUGGGCUGGCUGACCAGAUGGUGGCUCGAGGCAACCUUGGUGUAUACCAGGAAACAAGGGAACGAUUGGCUAUGCGGCUGAAGGGGUUAGGGGGUCGGACCCAGGGAUCCCAUGACCCCAAACCUCCACCCUCCCUGGACAUGUUUGCUGAAGAAGUGACAGAGGGGGUGCUGGAGACUCCAACCCCUACUCAGGGAGAAGCAGAGUCACCAGGAGAUGGUCUAAUGGAUGUGAUGUGGGAAUAUAAGUGGGAGAACACAGGGGACGCUGAGCUCUAUGGGCCCUUUACCAGUGCCCAGAUGCAGACAUGGGUGAGUGAAGGCUACUUCCCGGAUGGUGUUUAUUGCCGGAAGUUGGACCCUCCGGGUGGUCAGUUCUACAAUUCCAAGCGCAUUGAUUUUGACCUCUACACGUGAGCCUGCUGAGGGCCCAAUUGGAUGGCCCCUUCUUUCCUGGACUUCACAGAGGAGGCCCCAGCCUUCUCAGGCACUAAAGAUAUUGGAGGCCACUUUUCUGGCAGUUUCCCUUUCCCAUUAAAAGCCUAGAGUGUGGUGCAUCAGGCUGCGUGGAUGGCUGAAGCCAGGGUCUCCACAGCCCCUUUGGCCUUGCCUGGGUCCUUGAGUGAUUCUUCCCAUGAAGUUCCUCCUUGGGUGUUUCUCUCUGUUGUCUCGGACCACCUCAGUAGUGUUUACCACACUUACCGACAGCUAGGGCCUGUCAGGUAUCCUCUGGCUAUCCGGACUUCUAUUUUCCAUGUAAAAUCCCUUUGCGUCUAGUCUCCAGUCUUUUCUGGGGCUCCUUGUUCUGUCCUUCUUCUGUCUUUGGCUUUUAGGACCUUGGAUUCUCUGUCCUUGCAGCCCCCAAGGGAUAGAGCCCUCAGCAAAUGGUGUUUUAGGCCUGAAAGGGCUGGGAUA